CUCACUUCACUUCAACUCUCGAGUCGCGUCGGUGUUGCUCCAAUGGUCAGAAUAAUCAUCAAGGGCGGCGUCUGGAAGAACACCGAAGACGAGGUCCUCAAAGCUGCCAUUGCGAAGUAUGGCAAGAACCAGUGGGCGAGAAUUUCAUCUCUUCUCGUGCGCAAAACACCCAAGCAAUGCAAAGCCCGCUGGUAUGAAUGGCUCGAUCCGUCCAUAAAGAAGACGGAGUGGUCCAAAACCGAGGACGAAAAGCUACUCCACCUCGCAAAGCUCAUGCCAACUCAAUGGCGGACCAUUGCUCCCAUAGUUGGCCGGACUGCGACACAAUGUCUUGAGCGCUACCAGAAGCUGCUUGAUGAGGCGGAAGCGAAGGAUAACGAGGAGCUUGGUUUGGCUGGGACAAACGACAGUGGUCCAAGUGCUGAUGACGUUCGUCGUUUGCGGCCGGGUGAAAUCGACCCAGACCCAGAAACCAAACCUGCGCGGCCAGACCCGAUAGAUAUGGACGAAGACGAGAAGGAAAUGUUGUCUGAGGCUCGCGCUCGUCUUGCCAACACUCAAGGCAAAAAGGCCAAACGCAAAGCUCGUGAACGUCAACUGGAGGAGGCACGACGACUGGCUGUUCUACAAAAGAAGCGGGAGCUCAAAGCGGCAGGCAUCAUAAUGCGGAGCAAGACGAAAAGGAAAGGCAUGGAUUACAAUACCGACAUUCCCUUCGAGAAAAAACCAGCAGCCGGGUUUUACGACACCUCGGACGAACAAGCGCGCAUUGCCGCUGCUCCAGUCGGCCGUUCAUUGCGCCGUCUCGAAAACAAGCGUAAACAAGGAGACGAAGAAGAUGCUGAGCGGAAAAAACGUCAAAAGAGGGACGGAAAAGGCGCUGAUAGCUCUUCUGGGAAUCAGACCAAGUUUAUCGCGGCUCGGGACGCCCAAAUACAAAAACUCAAAGAGGCAGAGUCAAUUGGCAGGAGGAGGAAGCUGGUUUUACCCACUGCGCAAGUAGGUGAGGCGGAGUUGGAAGAUAUUGUCAAAAUCGGACAUGCUGGCGAAAGUGCCAAGACAUUGGUGGAGGGCGGUAGUGAUGCUAGUGGGCAACUCCUGGGCGAGUAUCCGGGCCUGGAAAAUGCGCGCAUGGCGCGUACCCCACGUACAGCUCCUCAGGAGGACAACAUUUUAAACGAGGCUCGGAACCUUCGAAACAUGUCAAUUGCUCAGACUCCUCUACUUGGUGAAGAGAACACUCCGCUCCAUGCCAAUCCUGGAGGCGGUACCGGAUUCGAAAGUGCUACUCCACGCCAUAAUGUAGCAUUCACACCUAACCCACUCGCAACACCACUACGUGCCGAUGGCAUGGAUGGCUCAGCAACUCCUGGUGGGCUAACGACCCCGAUGAGGACUCCCAUCCGCGACAAUUUGGCUAUCAACGCAGAAUCCUUCUCGUCAGUUUCAGCCACGCCUCGCGAUCAGCGUCUUCGAACAAAUUCCGCUAAACGAGCGCUUCAAGCCGGGUUUAAAAAUCUUCCGACACCCGAGAACAAUUUUGAGCUGCUUGUUCCAGACGAUGAAGAAGAAUCGGCUGGUACCGGGGUCGGUCUUUCAGAAGAGGACGCGGCGGAAAGAGAUGCAAGAGCAGCCCGCUUGAGAGAGGAGGCUGAACGUAAGGCGUUGGCUCGACGCUCACAAGUUGUUCAAAGAGGCUUGCCACGGCCAGCCAAUGUUGAUGUCGAAACAUUGUUGCAACGACUCCAAGUUGAUGAAGACGCUUCGCCCGCUCAAGCAUUAAUUAACCAAGAGAUUGUUGACUUGCUCCAGCACGACGCUAUAUCGCACCCACUACCUGGGACCACUCAGGUUGGAGGGACACGCUCAAUGUAUGUCAUGCCUGAGGACGACGAUGUGGAAACGGCGAAAGGCUUGAUCCAUCUCGAAUUGGCGUCUGCUGUAGGGUUUACGAAUGUCAGCCCUGAGCAGUUACAUCAAGGCUUGCUGGCGUUAUCGAAGAACGACACAGUGGAAGAAGGAGUUUCGUGGGGGAACGUUCGGCAAACACUCACUUUUGAUGCGGCUCGAAAGAUAUGGGUAGAACCAGAAACACUCUCACCAGACGCUCGCCGAGACGGCUAUGCUGCCGUUCUAGACAGUCAUCGCGAGCGGAUGGGAAAGGAGGCAGCAAAGGCCGCCAAAUCAGAGAAGAAGUUGGGGGUUGUGCUCGGGGGCUAUCUGUCCCGCUCUCAAACUCUUUCGAAACGACUUGGCGACGCAUUUGGAGAACUUCAACACACAUUGAUUGAAUACGAGAGUUUUUCACGGCUAAGGAUGAACGAGUCGGCGGUUGGGCCACGUCGUUUGGAAGUGCUAAAAGAAGAGGUUGACAAACUGGAACAAAGAGAGCGGAGAUUGCAGGAGAGGUACGGGGAAUUGGAAGCAGAAAGACGUGAUGCGGAAGAACGCGUCCGAGUGGCGGAAGAGCGUAUGAUGGAUGAUGCAGAGGCUCUUAACGAAGCUCAACUUGCCACGAUGGAGGAGUAA